AUGUGCUUAAAUACACUGGGAAGUUACAAUUGUUUGUGUCCCGAGGGGACUUACGGAGACGGCUUCAAGGGAGGAUCUGGUACUGGUUGCAUUAAAAUCCAAAGUCAAACGUUUGCGAUCGUUACAGGAAUUGGCUCAAGUUUAGCUCUAUUGGUAUCAUUCUUUGCUAGCUUGUGGCUAUACCAACUCCAUAAGAGAAUAAGAAGUAAGAAAAUAAAAGAGCAUUUCUUUAAACAAAAUGGCGGUUUGUUACUACAACAACAAAUAUCUUUAGAGGAAGGUAAUUUCGGUAACACGAAGAUAUUCCAGGCUGAGGAGUUGGAGAAGGCAACAGAUCACUAUAACGUGAAUCGAAUACUUGGUCAAGGUGGCCAAGGUACAGUAUAUAAAGGUAUGUUAACAGAUGGAAGAAUUGUGGCGAUUAAGAAGUCGAAAAAGGUGGAAAUGGUGGAUGAAGGUCAAAUCAAACAAUUCAUCAAUGAGCUUGUUAUACUUUCCAAGAUUAAUCAUAGAAAUGUGGUUAAAUUGUUAGGUUGUUGUUUGGAAACAGAAGUUCCUCUGCUGGUUUAUGAGUUCAUCUCUAGUGGAACSCUUUUCAAUCACAUCCAUGAUCGAAGUGAUGACGACAUGCCAUUUACAUGGGAUAAUCGACUAAGAAUUGCUACUGAAGUUGCAGGAGCACUUUCUUAUUUACACUCAGCAGCUUCUAUCCCAAUAUAUCAUAGAGAUGUUAAAUCUUCAAACAUACUCUUGGAUGAUAAAUAUAGAGCCAAAGUGUCAGACUUCGGGACUUCAAGGCCKAUUGCAGUUGACAAAACUCAUCUAACCACAGMAGUGCAAGGGACAUUAGGAUACUUGGAUCCUCAGUACUUCCAAUCAAGUCAAUUUACAGAGAAGAGUGAUGUUUAUAGCUUUGGAGUAGUUCUCGUAGAGCUUUUAACGGGAGAGAAGCCAAUUUCUUCWUUUAGACCAGGAGAGAAUAAAAGCUUGGCCACUUAUUUUCUUUCUUCCAUGGAGGAGAACCGACUCUUUGAAAUUCUUGAUGCACAAGUGGUAAAGAAGGGUGAAAAGGCAGAAAUUGAGGUGGUUGCUAACCUUGCAAAGAGGUGCUUGGAUUUGAAUGGAAAAAACAGACCCACGAUGAAAGAAGUWACAGUUGAGCUAGAGGGGUUAAGAAUAUCUAAAGCUCAUACGUUGGUUCAAGAAAACCACCAAGAGAUGGAUUAUUGCCUCAUAAAUCGACCAACAUGUCUACAGGAUUCUGGUUCAACUUCAAUUGGAUACAAAAACUUAGAGAAGAAGGCUAAACCAUUGGAUGACCAACCGCUAUUGCGUAACACUUAUUAG